CUGAAGACACAUCCUCAAUUCACACUCACCCACCAUGUCCAAGAGCCGUACACCCAUGUACCUUGGCCUGGCCGCUGCUGGCGGUCUAGGUUACUACAUGUAUCGGGCCGGCGGGAAUCCCCAGGUCGCGAAGAAGGAGAUGGAGAUCGACGCCCACAAAGCCAGAGCAAAGAUCCCCCGCGGCUCAGAAGCCGCCAGAGUCGGCGAGGAAUUCGGCAAGGAGGCGAAUGCCACUGGUGACGAGGCGAUCAACAACGCCCGCACCAAGGCCAAGGUGGACGAGCGCAUCCCCGAGAUCGCCCAGAAUGGCAAGCACAAGCUUGACUCGCUGCGUUACCAGGCGGCGGAUAAAGUCCGUGCUGGAGUUGACGAGGUGGACAAGAAGGUUGAUCAGUUUGAUCGCACGGUUGAGAAGAAGGCGGGUGAGGCGAAGGGGACUUUGUCGGGUUGGUUUGGAGGGAAGUAAGCUAGUCUUCGCUUACCUGCUUCGCCUAAGGUACUUUGGGCUUGCAGUGAUGCAUUCAAGUUGGAUUUCGAAUGGGGUCUGGCUCAGACCUGGGAUGACGUUACGAUUUGGGAGAUGGGAAUGAUGUACUCCGUACUCUCCGUACUUUGAUGGAUAAUCACUUUGUCGGUUGCAGCAGCAAACUUGAUAUAAUGAACUUUAUGAUAACUUGCAUCUCCGAUUAGACGAGAAUGGGGGUCGUUCGAUAAGAGAGAUAGGCUUGGAUAAGAUUGGUGAUCUGCAUGCUCGCGUGGAAUGUGACAUUCCAUGUUGG